AGGAAUGCCCCCGGGCCCAGGAGCAAGGCGGCGACCAGAGGUCACUGCCGAAGCUGUGCAGCCAGGAAGAGGAGCCGGGAAGGCCACCCCAGGGCGGUGUCGUCACCUUCGAGCCAAUCCAACACGACCACGACUUCUGCGAGCGCGUUGUCAUCAACAUCAGCGGCCUGAAGUUCGAAACACAACUUCGCACGUUGAACCAAUUCCCAGAGACUCUUCUGGGCGACCCAUCCCGGAGAAUACGAUACUUUGACCCGUUACGGAACGAGUACUUCUUCGAUCGGAACCGACCAUCGUUCGACGCCAUCUUGUACUACUACCAGAGCGGAGGCCGGCUGCGGCGCCCCGUCAACGUUCCACUCGACGUCUUCUCGGAGGAGAUCAAAUUCUACGAACUCGGAGAACAAGCCAUCAACAAAUUCCGUGAGGAUGAGGGCUUCAUAAAAGAGGAAGAAAAACCGUUGCCCUCCAACGAACGUCAGCGCAAAAUCUGGCUGUUGUUCGAAUAUCCCGAGAGCUCCCAGGCUGCUCGCGUUGUGGCCAUCAUCUCAGUGUUCGUCAUCCUGCUUUCCAUCGUGAUUUUCUGCCUCGAGACCCUGCCUGAGUUCAAACACUACAAGGUGUUCAACACCACCACCAACGGAACCAAGAUCGAGGAGGACGAAGUGCCAGACAUCACCGACCCAUUCUUCCUGAUAGAAACCCUCUGCAUCAUAUGGUUUACGUUUGAGUUAAUAGUGCGGUUCUUAGCGUGUCCGAAUAAAUUUAACUUUUUCCGCGACGUGAUGAACAUAAUCGAUAUAAUCGCCAUCAUCCCGUACUUCAUCACCCUGGCGACCGUGGUUGCCGAGGAAGAGGACACAUUGAACCUACCCCGCGCUCCGGUGUCACCACAGGACAAGUCCACCAACCAAGCCAUGAGUCUCGCCAUCUUGCGGGUCAUUCGUCUCGUACGAGUGUUCCGUAUCUUCAAACUCUCCCGUCACUCCAAGGGAUUACAGAUUCUCGGUCGGACACUCAAGGCAUCCAUGCGCGAGCUCGGGCUUUUAAUUUUCUUCUUGUUCAUAGGUAAGUGGUCGACUUCAUGGAUUUAUCAUAUGCUUAUAACAUUAAAUAAAACCUUUUACAAUUUCAUGAUAACACUUAAAACUUUUGAAAUAAAAUGUAAUAUGAAAAGAAUUAAUUUGUAAUUGUGUAAUGACGUAAAUAGUAUAGAAUAUUCAUAAGGAGAUUGUGAUGAUAUGGGCGCGUCGGAGCGAGUGCGGAGCUCGGCGGCGCACGCGGAGCGGGCUCGAGCGAGCGUGCACAAUACGUUUUGUGUUCGCAGGGGUGAUCGUGUUCUCCAGUGCCGUUUACUUUGCUGAUAAAGAUUGUGCCGAUUCCAAUUUUUCUUCUAUCCCCGAUGCAUUUUGGUGGGCAGUAAUAACGAUGACUACCGUCGGCUAUGGAGACAUGAGGUAACCCGAGUCGCGUACCCGCCCUACGCCCGCUCGCAGCUCCCUGGCACUGUAUGUCGCACUCUAUUCUCCGUUGGUGUGUGCUUGUUCUUAAAGGUGUGGUGCUGUUUUCAUCUGCGGUGUACUUCGCGGAAGCCGGAAGUGAGAACAGCUUCUUCAAAUCCAUACCUGAUGCGUUUUGGUGGGCGGUCGUGACAAUGACGACCGUAGGAUACGGAGACAUGACGCCUGUGGGCGUAUGGGGCAAGAUUGUGGGCUCGCUGUGUGCCAUCGCCGGCGUGCUCACCAUCGCGCUGCCUGUGCCUGUCAUCGUAUCCAACUUCAACUACUUCUACCACCGCGAGACUGAUCAAGAAGAAAUGCAGUCCCAGAACUUUAACCAUGUCACUAGCUGCCCGUAUCUUCCCGGCACUAUGGGCGAGCCAUACUUGAUUUCAGGGCCAAUUCACAAGAAGUCUUCGAUGAGCGACGACUCUUCAUCAGAGAUGAUGGAGCUGGACGAGAGCGCGCUGGUGACGGACCCGCAUCUAGAGUCCAACCUGCGUCGGCUGCAGGAGGAGGAACUCCUGCUGCUGGAGCAGCAGGCCACCAUG